CAACAUUUCCCAUGAUGCCUCUGUCACUUCCGUUGAACUAUACACACCCCCUUUGCCUUGACGCACUGAUAGCACGGAAACACACAACUUCUGAUAAUGUUUUGAGUUAAGUACACAUUAACUUAUCAACGCAGAGAGAAAAGAGCGGUAAUAUCUCCUACAAAUGGCCUUCAUAGUCUUCUACUCGGUGAACAAAACGGCUCAAAUCACCGCGAGGCGAUGUUUGAUGUCACAUUUAAAGGGGGUUGCCAGUUCAGGACGGUCACAGGUACAGUUAUCCUGCAUUCACAGCCCGCCGCCGCCGGUGACUACGAGAUGGUUUUCCAGGGGCUCCGGUGUUCGGUUCAUGUCCCACGGGACCGCAGGCAGAUCCGGAGCCGGGCGGACCAGAAGAGGAGCUCUGGUGCUCACUGGAGCCGCAGUAACAGCGGCAGUAGUAGCAGGGUUUCUAGGCAACCACUUCCAGCGCGCUGACAUGGCAACGAAAGUCUCCCAGCAGGAGGAGAAGAGAGAGCACCAAGAGGGGGAUAUCCUGGAGAGAUGCAGGGGCUUCAUGUGUCCUCCGGUGACCGACAUCGGUGUGCUGCAGGCGAGGAAAGAGGAGAUGCGUACGAGGAUGGAGAUGCUGAUCAUGGAGACGCAGGCCGACUUCUGCAACGCCUUGCAGGAGGUGGACGGUGGGACAUUCAAGGUGGACCAGUGGCAGAGGAAAGAAGGUGGCGGAGGAAUCAGCUGUGUGAUGCAAGAUGGAAAGGUGUUUGAGAAGGCAGGGGUCAACGUGUCAGUGGUGUUUGGAAACCUGACCGAGGAGGCCGCCAGGCAGAUGAGGAGUAGAGGGAAAGUCCUCAAAGGGAAAGAUGGUAAGCUGCCAUUUUGUGCCAUGGGUGUGAGCUCUGUCAUCCACCCCAAGAAUCCCCACAUCCCAACAGUGCACUUCAAUUACAGAUACUUUGAGAUCGAAGAGGAAGAUGGCACUAAACAGUGGUGGUUUGGUGGAGGCACAGACCUGACUCCAGUUUAUAUUAAUAAAGAAGAUGCGUUUCACUUCCACAACACCCUGAAGGAGGCAUGUGACAAGCACCACCCGCAGUACUACCCCGACUUUAAGAAAUGGUGUGACCGAUACUUCUACAUCCGGCACAGAGGAGAGACUCGGGGUCUAGGAGGGAUCUUCUUCGAUGACCUGGAGUCCCCGAGUCAGGAGGAGGCAUUCAGCUUCGUUAAGAGCUGUGCCCGCACCGUGGUGCCAUGUUACCUGCCCAUCGUAUACAAACACCUGAACGACACCGUUACUGAUGCAGAGAAGGACUGGCAGCAGGUACGACGAGGAAGAUAUGUGGAGUUCAACCUGGUGUAUGACAGGGGAGUGAAGUUUGGCUUGGCUACGCCUGGCUCCAGAAUUGAGAGCAUUCUCAUGUCCCUCCCCCUCACUGCGAGGUGGGAGUACAUGCAUGAGCCUGCCAAAGGUACCCUGGAGGCUGAGAUGCUGGAGGCAUUACGAAACCCCAAGGAGUGGGUGUGACCACAAUGUUCACAGGUUUGCAUGUCAAUAUGGACAAAACCUCCAGGAAACCGUCUUUGUUGUAUUUUAUAAUGGUGUGACCUGUUUGACUUGAUCAGCAGAAGUUAAAACUUUUUACCAAAAUAAUAUUACAUUGCACUUGCCCGCAAAGUUUUUUAAUCUGCGAUGGUACUUUUCUCUUUUUUCCAUUUGCUAUGUGUGUCCAAUCAGCCUUGAUAACACUUAAACACAUUGAGAUUGCAAUACUACUGGUGGCCACAUGUGGUCAUUGUACCAGCUCUUAGGCCAUCUCGCAUUGAUGAUGUGCUCCUUUUUAAGAAGUGCCCGUGUCAAACAUUAGCUGUGUUUUUUUUCUAUGUCUGGGCUAAAUGUGGCUUGCUCUACUUGAAGCUCUUGAGCUCUUCUCUCCUGUAACAAAGCACUUAAAAGGGAAAACAGGGACAAACUGAGCCACUGCAUGUAUGUGUGUUCCACCACUGGUAUCAGAUGUUAAUAAAUCCUUAUGUUUCAGUGCAUCUGCUCACAACAAUGGAUUAUUUUUGACAAUCAAGGCUAAAUAAUAAUGGACUAAUAUUGGACAGAUCCGUCUUGAGCCCUGUUUACGUUGUGGAUGGUUGCUCAGUUGUCAUUAAUGAGUCACUUCCUGGUUUGUUUGAACAGUAGUAAAACAAUAGUUGGAUGUUGGAUCAUGUUCCACAGAGAGGAUGGAUGUGAAUCAUAGGCCAGGUGGCAUUGAAGAAAGAACAGUGUUUGUAAAAACAAAAUUCCAUUUGAAAUGUAAAAAUAAUUUAUAGCUUACAGUUAAUAAAUUGUUUUUUCUGCUA